AAAGUGCCUACGACCGUGAGACAGUUUCAUACUGUACUGUCUUUGACCGUGCUCUGCUACUGACUUCAGAAACUGAAUGAAGACGAAUGUUUAUGCAUUUGUAAAGCAAGUUAGAGUAGUCGUUUUUGGAUGUCAUACAGUUAAUAACUACAACAUUAUUUAUUUAAAUACACCGAUAUUGCUAGCUGAGCAAAGCAAGUAGCUAACGUUACCCAGGCUAGCCUCUCAGAGUUUGCUAGCUAGCUUCAGUUAGCUAUAAUUUUAGCCAGUGCUAACGUGACACAAACUGUGCAAAGAUGGAGUUUGCUGCUCUUACUGCCUUGACCGUAUUAAUAGGAAUGCUGAUAAUUUUGGUCGCAAUCGCUGUGGGAAAGCAGAAAGGAGAAAUAAGUGAUCAACUAGAGCAGAAAGAAGAGGACUCAGUUGCAGAGGAAAGUGCAGUGAAGGCUUCCACUGCCAAGAAACAGAAACAACAGCGUCCUCGCAAGGAGAAAGCCCAGCAGCAAACCUUCAGCCAUCCUCUCCUGGCUUCCUCCUUGAAGAGUCACAGUGGCAAUGUGACGUCCCUGGACUUCAGCAGCAACGGGAAGUACCUAGCUACUUGUGCUGACGACCGCACUGUCAGGAUAUGGAGCACCAAGGACUUCCUGGACAGAGACCAUAAAUGUCUGAGGGCCAACGUAGAGCUGGACCACGCCACGCUGGUCCGCUUCAGCCCGGACUCAAAGGCCUUCAUUACUUGGCUGGCUAACGGAGAUACUAUUCGCAUCUUCAAGAUGACCAAGAAGGAUGAUGGUAGCUUCAAUUUCAAAGCUGCCCCUGAAGACUUCCCUCAGAAACACAAGACCAAUGUCAUCAACAUCGGCAUCGCAGAGACGGGCAAGUUCAUCAUGAGUGCCUCCACUGACACCAACAUCCUCAUCUGGGACCUGAAAGGAGAGGUACUGGCCUCUAUUAUCACCAACCAGAUGACCAACUCCUACGCUGCCAUCUCACCAUGUGGCAGGUUUGUUGCCUCCUGUGGCUUCACUCCUGAUGUGAAGGUGUGGGAGGUGUGCUUCGGGAAGGGUGGCGAGUUCAAAGAAGUGGCCCGCGCCUUCGACCUAAAGGGCCAUUCAGCUGGAGUCCACUCCUUUGCGUUCUCUAAUGACUCACGCAGAAUGGCCACUGUGUCCAAGGACGGCACAUGGCGACUGUGGGACACGGAUGUGGAGUACAAGAAGCAACAGGACCCCUACCUACUGAAGUCAGUGCCUUGCCAGUCAUCAGAGGGAAGCCGUGUGGCCCUGUCGCCGGACGCCCGGGUGGUGGCCAUCUCCAACAGCUGCAGCGUGGCCAUGUACAGCACCUCCACGGGUCAGCUGGAGGAGGAGUUCCACGGAGUCCACAGUGAGGAGAUCACUGAUCUGAGGUUUGACAUCAACAGUCGCUACCUGGUGUGCAGCGGGGACCGGGCGGUACGUGUGUUCCACAAUGCGCCGGGCUACCGCGCGGCCAUCCAGGACAUGCAGGCCAUGCUGAAGAAGGCCCAGAACGAGGGCAUGAAACAAAGGCUAAAACAGCAGAUACAGGAGGCGCAGAGUGCGCUGGACACUGUGCUCACAGCACCCAAGGAUUAAAGAACUAAAGCCCCCCCCCCCCCCCCCCCCCCACCAGGCUGGCUGUGUAGAACACUAUUUCGAUCUCUCUCUUCCUCCCCUUCUCUCACACACUGCCUCCAUAGAAUGGCAUGCAAUUCGACUCCUGUCAGGGAUGUGGCAUUUGCAUGCUGGUUUUAAUAAAUUAAUCAUGAUAUGUUUCUAUAGAAAUAUGUCUCUGUUUUGUGAAUGCUCUGCCUUCCUCGAAGUCAGGAAUACUAUGUUCUCUGUCUUCUUGGACCAGUAAUCCUACUACUAUAGAAGAGCUUGCUUUGCUUUGGCAACACAAACAUUUGUUGUAUAAUAGGACCAGAGUUCAGCUGGGGUGCCUUGUGUUUCUACAGUUCCUCUGUAAAAACACAAGACAUACUAAACUAACAAUAAUUUCCAUGACAUCCUAUCCAGGUGAAUGCUAUGAUCCCAAUGAUAUCGCAUGUUAAAUCCACUUCAAUUAGUGUAGAUGAAGGGGAAGAGACAGGUUAAAGAAUAAUUUUUAAGCCUUGAGACAAUUGAGACAUGGAUUGUGUAUGUGUGCCAUUCAGAGGGUGAAUGGGCAAGACAAAAGAUUGAAGUGCCUUUGAAUGGGGUAUGGUAGUAGGUACCAGGCGCACCAGUUUGAGUGUGUCAAGAACUGCAAUCCUGCUGGGUUUUUCGCGGUCAACAGUUUUUCAUGUGUAUAAAGAAUGGUCCACCACCCAAAGUACAUCCAGCCAGCUUGACAACUGUGGGAAGCAUCCCUGUGGAACGCUUUCGACACCUUGUAGUCCAUGCCCGAUAAAUUUAGGUUAUUGAGGGAAAAAGGUGUGCAACUCAAUAUUAAGAAAGUGUUCCUAAUGUUUUGUACAUUCUGUGUCUAGGCUUGACAGUUCUAGCAGCUUUUGUGUUCUGAAGGAAUACCGAACGCAUUAUGCGUCUACAUAGGUGUAGCGGUCUUAGGCACUGUAUCUCAGGGUUAGAGGUGUCACUACAGACCCUGGUUCGAUUCCAGGCUGUAUCACAACCGGCUGUGAUUGGGAGUCCCAUAGGGCGGCACACAAUUGGCCCAGCGUCGUCCAGGUUAGGGUUUGGCCGGGGUAGGCUGUCAUUGUAAAUAAGAAUUUGUUCUUAAUUGACUUGCCUAGUUAAAUUGUUUAAAAAAAUCUACUGUGCCCACAUUGUGUCGCGAUUCCCUUUUGCCUGCAACAUAUUCAAAUGACAGUAUGCAUUUUGCAAACGGUGGAAGCACCUAAAUCUGAUAACACAACAACAACUUGAUGGCAGUAACCAACUACUGGUGGUCAGGGAUGCAUUGUGUGGUCAGGGUUUCUCUUCACUCUGGAUGCAAUCAGGCUACCUAAAGCGCAUACAGUGGGCGACGACUUCAGCUAUUUGCCUACAGCUCUCCAUAAAACGUUUUUUUUUGGCAGCGAGAGGAUAGGAAAUAUCAAUGGUGAGGAAAAACGUUCCUGGUUUUAAUGAUAAAAAAAACCUAUUACUAUUUUAUUUUAUUUUUAUGUAUGGUUUAUUUUUUUAUUGCAGAAACACCAGUAAUUUAAAAUGGUAUUAAUGUACUGCUAGAAUUCCUCAUAGAAAACAUGGAAGUGUUUUUUUAUUUGUGAAUGUACAUUUAUGAAUAUGAAAAUGUUCCAUUAGCACAAUUACAUUCAUGAGGUAAAAUAGUUUUUCCUCUAUCCUUAUUACAGUUAAGGAAACCGAGCAGCACAUUCUCCCAUAAUAAACAAAGGUCAUCAAGAAUAUAACAAUUAUAAAACUAUAAA